AUGAUGUUGACCUCUUCGUGGCCCAUUAGUAUCAUUUGCAUUUCCCCCAAGCAGCAGAGCGAAUUAAGAAAGCAGUUAAAGAAAGUGUUUAACUCACCUGCCAACAUCAAGAGAAAGAGACCCUUCAGCAGACUCUUCAUCAUGAUGCUCUUCCUCACUGUGCAGCAGAACAAGAACCGAUAUAAGGCAGGUGCUUUGUUAGCAGUCGAUCCGAGGACUGACAGUCCUACUGAUGGUCUGCACCAUGUGCUCGUCACUACUCGUUAUGAUGAUCUCGGCCACUGUGGGGGAACUCUGAUCAGUUCUGAGUGGGUCCUAACUGCAGCCUACUGCAAACAAUCGGACAUGGAGGUGAUUUUGGGCUACCAGCUGGGAACAAGAAAAAGAGAACGGAGGCCAGUUAUUGAGCAAAAAAUUUAUAUCGACAAAGAAGCACACAACAUAAUGAUGCUGAAGAUAAACCGUACUGACUUUCCCAGUGCCACCCUUCCUCCGACCCAACACUGUCAGCCACCGAAAGAUGUGGUAAAGUUCUAUGGAUGGAUAAAUCCAGUUUAUAACUUUGCUAAAGACCGGGAUGAGGCUCAGAAACUACAGACUGGAGGGCUCACUGUAGCAAGCUGCAUUAACGUCCCAACACAAGAGAAGCAGCCCUUGCCACUUUGUCUGAAAAAACAUCAGGAACACCACAUUCUGUGUGCAAAACACCCCCCCAGAGUGAACGACUGUGAGCUCUUUGCUGGAACCAGUUUGAUGAAGGGUGAUGUUCUGUAUGGAGUCCUCGUGAACUACGAUAUCCUCUGCCAGAAACAAGUGGAGUUCAUGGAUGUGUGUGCCUACAGAGACUGGAUUGAUGAUCUAAUAAGAGAUGUGUCAAAAAGACCCAUAACAAUAAUACGGGAAAACCUCUGUGGCUGUUCUGAAGAUUAAUCUAGUCACGCUUCUUAGAAAGAAACACAGAAACAUGUCAAGUUUUCAGAUUUCAGAUGUGUUGUUUGGUCAAUAAAACCAUUCAGAGUAAAACUCUCCACAUCUUUCCCCCUGACCCUAGGAGUUAAAUAUUUGGAUACUGUUGUACUUGUUUUACAGAGCCUCUGUGCACUGUAUUUCUCUUAGAACUUCUGAUUUAUUAGCAUCUUCCUCAGAUUUCUGUCUCAGAGUAACUGCAUAGCUUUGUUGUUUAAUAAGAAUUUACUCAAAUUACCCCUGAGGACUUUAAAUUAAGUCAGUCAUGUAUUGUAUAUUUAUAUUUAUCAUGCAAUAGC